AUGGUCGGUCUCUUCAACCUUGGUAACAAGAACUCGCCUAGCCGUCCUGCUUCCACAAGCCCUGAACCACUCGGAGCAGGCUCAAACGACUCAAUUCAGCUGCUGCCGCCCCCGCCACCCUACAAAGAAGCGACGACCCCUCCCUUGGUUAUGACGGAGGUCACAACGACGACAGAAGUCAUUACGACCACUCGUACGACAACACACUUCUUUUCGCUGCCUCUAUGGCGCAAGCGCGGAGUACCAGCAUCGAGCCAUGGGCCGAUGUACAUGAAUGCGGACGAGAGCGGCAGCAUGAGUAGACCCGGUACGAGCUACAGUAUACCUUCAGUGGACAAAGCGCUACCCCCAACUCCACCAACUGAUGAACCUUUGCCAUUCCCUGCGCGACCUUCAACAGAGCAUUCUUUGGUGGAAGGCAUCAGCAUGCCCGACGAAGAGGGACGGCCAUCGUACAAUUCAGGCUCGACUCACCGCCCAGCGUUGGAACCACGAAGAUCGACUGCAGCGUUGGCGCAUGCCGCCCUGGGUAUUGGACUACCAGCGAUCUUACCGCGAGUUUCCACAUCGUCAAAGUCAGACGUCCACCAUGUAGCCCUACCCCCCAUUCCCAACCACCAACCUCGCACUAGUGUACGUCGGGCGAAGAGUUCCCAUAAGGUCCGCUCUACGCGAAAACAACCCGACCUUCCAUACGCUUCUGAUGGCGAAACCUCCCCCGCUGUGCGGAAUAGUUCUUUCACCAGCUCGUCUAUCUUUCCAUCUACUACAGACGUCAAGGGUAAAGGGAAGGCUCGAGCCACGGAAGAGGAAGUUCCUGUAGCUCAAACGCCGAAGACUAUCUCUCGCAGACCCUCAUUUUGGUCCCGCAAGAAAAGUGUGGUCAAGGAACCAACGCGUCCUGAAAUGUCUAUCCCAAUUACUCCGCCGUCUUCAUCAACAUUGCCAGUACUACCUCCUUUGUCACCCUUUGUCAUAGGUGGUAGUCGCUUGACUUCCUCCCCUGAACCUCAAGAUGCCGUCUUCUCUGCGAGACCCAAAAGCCCUACGCGUAGACGUUCCAUCUCUCUCACACCUCCGCCCUUCGAGGGACCCAGACGCGCCCGCUCACCCACCGUAGAUCGUUCAAGUCGUCCCAUGACCGCUGAUCCCACUACUUCUCCAACUCGAGCCUCGUUCUUUAUUCCUCCUGCUCCUCUCGUUGUCUCUCCCCUCCCCAGCCCUUCACUCGAAUCCGAAGGUAGCUCUGUCCAACUAGAAGGACCUGCCCAGCGCCGUCCUCGGGCACAGACAAAUCCACCCAUCCUCCAUCGUUUAUCACUUAAUUUAUUCGCAAUGUCAUCAUCUGCCUCGUCCCCUAUCCAGCCACAUUCAUCUCCACUCUCAAGCAACAGACCAUCUCCGCGUCCUUCCCUUGCUAAACGCCCAGUCGACAUCCCGAAGCCACAUCAAGACGAUGAAUCGCCCGAGGCAUAUCUCUUACGUCUACGAGCCGCUGUGAGCAAGGCCGAACUUGCUAGCAUACUUGCGACAAGUAUAGAGCCGUUUCACGUUGCGGCGCUUCGGUCGUACCUAGAAGAAUUCAAUUUCAUAGGCGACCCUCUCGACGUAGCACUUAGAAAGUUGUUAAUGGAUGUCAGCCUCCCUCGCGAAACGCAACAGAUUGAUAGAGUAAUUGAGGCAUUCGCAUCGCGAUAUAUGCAAUGCAACCCCGAUCUAUAUACAUCUAAAGAUCACCCAUACAUCUUGGCUUUCAGUCUAAUCAUGCUACAUACGGAUGCGUUCAACAAAUCUAAUAAGCGAAAAAUGACAAAGGCAGACUACAUCAAGAACACGAGGCUUCCGGGUGUUCCCUCAGAAGUGCUCGAUUGCUUCUACGAUAAUAUCGUCUUCGCACCGUUUAUAUUUAUUGAAGAUCCUGUUGAUGUCAACGGCCAGCGAGGUCUAGUUCCCAAUGGUAACAACAACCGACUCUCUUCGGCGAGUAGUUUGGUAACGACGACCCCUGGAGUUGCAACACCCACAAGUAAAUCCAACAAAGUCGAUCCUUAUUAUCUCAUUCUUAAUAAUUUGCUUGGGCCUCUCCGCAUUAAUGCUGAAUUGUAUGUUCCAGCAACGAGUCCAUACUCGUGUGAAGGCACUGCUGGUCCAUGGGACUCGGAGGAUCUUAGGCGGGCUUUUGCCCAAGCCAGUGUUCUGGAAGUCGGUGCAGGCGAUCCACUUCGCCCCCAUCCAUUCUUCGGUCUGAGCGUAGGCAAUGCUCCGGGCCCCUUACUCGGAAACAUGUCAGCGUUUUCCGACGCGUUCACACCGCCCUCAGACGAAGUUUGGACACUCAAAGUAGCCAAAGUCGCGCUGCUAAACCGGAAGGAUGAUCUACUCCCGGGUGGCAAGAAGGCGAUGAGUCGUAAAUGGCGGCCAUGGAGCGUCAUCCUUACAGGAUCGCAGCUCCUUUUCUUCCGGGACACUUCUUGGGCUACUAACUUAGUCGCGCAAUUCGAAACAUCGGGUGGUCAAGUCAUCUUCCCGCAUGCAGCUAUUUUCAGGCCAGAUGAGCUGUAUUCUGUGAAGGACGCUAUUGCUGUUUAUGAUAGGUCGUACACGAAGCAUCCAAACACUCUCAGAAUUGCCAUGCCAGAUGCACGUCAGAUCCUCUUACAGGCUGACUCGGAACAGGAACGAAACUCCUGGCUGUCACAUAUCAAUUACGCCAGCGCCUUCAAGUCUGCUGGUAUUCGUAUGCGCCCUCUCGGCAUGUCGACUCACGACGUUCAGCUGGCAGGAGUCGCGGCCGCCACAUCCCAUCUACACGACUUGCAACACCAAAGUUCAACCCCUUCGAGCGAUAUGCCCUUCCUCCCGAAUUCCGAGAACACCGCGGUUUCAUCUAGCAGGCGCCCAUCCCGAAGUACAACGUUAAUGAGCGAACGUUCCGACCUGGACGUGGACGUACCGAGGGCCCCUGAAGUUGAAGGCGCUGAUCAACUGAAAGCUACCUUUGAUCGGGUCAAAGCUGAGCUCGCAUCCAAGAGCUUGGAAGAGCUUGACGUGCCAGAGUCCUCUACCGAGCAGUCCCACAUCAACACCAUGCAUUCUCCUCCAACUGACAACAAACGAAUGCUCUCUCGUUCUCAAAUCAUUCAGGCGAAGCUACGCGAUUUAGAUGCAAAGAUCUCAGCUGUUCAGUCCCAACUUGACGCAGAUCUCCGUCUUGUCAGAAACGUCGCCAUCCUGGCUCCAUUCCAAAAGGCAACCCGAGAUCGCCUUGCAUUGUGUUUACGGAAUGUCAUGACGCGUGUGAUGAAUGCUAGACUCGAGGUCGCGAGGUUUGAUUGCCACAGGAACGUACUUGCCAAUGAUUUGGAAGCCGAUCUCAUGGAUUGGCAACGGACGAAGACCGUUGCAAUGAGAGCCGCUACGGACACGCUAAGAAGCAAAAAAGUACCAAGGAUGACUCUUUCUCUCUACGACGACGCACCGCCAGCCUCGUCUCCAAUCCCUGUUGAGAGGCAUGCGAGCUCGUCGUCGACCUGUAAACCUGAAUCGUCCGUAUCAGAGUCCUUCCAUUCUGCUAUGGACUUUGGCAUCGACUGGCCUUCGUUCGACCCAUCCACAUCAACUGAUUUCCUUGGUACUUCACGGCUCUUCGACUCCCCCAGCCGCAGCAGUUCAGGCUCAUUGCAGUUACUCCCCUUCCCAGACUCAGAGUCAACUAACAAGAGUCUUCCGGACCCUCCAUCUCCUGCGAUCAGUGAUCGUAGUUCUCCCAACAUUUCGUCACCACGCAGUAGCACCGAUACUCAUGCUCAUGAAAGGUUCUACACUGCUCAUGAAUCUCUCGAAGAGGCUGAAGAUUGGGAUAAAACCAAAUGCGCACAGCGAGUGUCUUUGGUUCGGCUACCAUCCGAUAUUCGACUUUCUAUGUUAUUCGACAAACAUCAUCGCUCUGCCCGACCAUCAUCAUGA